AUGGUUCGACUCAAGCACAGAUACCUGCUCGUCAACAUCCUUUACCCGCCAUCGCCUUCGGAUGCUUGUCCUACUACCAAGGCCGAUGCGGCCUCCCAGAAAGCAUUGGACCCGGAAACGCGCUUCCAUCUGCAACUAUGCCGGCCCGCCCCGGAUACGUUAACGGCUGCCGCUUUGAUAAAAAUGCUAAGGGAGACCGUGAGUGAGAUGUUUGGUGAUUGGGGUAUGGGCCGGCUCGGGGGCGCUGGGGCCGGUGGUAUCAGUGUCAAGUAUUUGUCCCCAGCAACGUCGACCGCGAUAAUACGAUGCCCCCGUGACGGCUAUCGGCUCGUCUGGGCCGCUCUGACAUAUAUGUCCCGCUUGCCCAACCCCCAAGACCAGAAAGGUGUAUCACGAAGCUCUUCGUAUAAAAAUCAGCAGCACGAUUGCGUCUUCCGAGUCGUGCGGGUAUCUGGCUCAAUGAAAUGUAUAGAGACGGAGGCAAUCCGAAGAGCAAGAAUGGAGUUAGUGAGGCUUUCGGGGAGGUCGGAGAAGGAAGGAAAAGAUCUUCUGCAAGAGAUGUUUCCGGGUGGUGCUGCAAAAGAUACUUCGAUGGGCAUCGGCAUUGAAAGGGACGAUGAAGCUGACGAGGAAGAGGAUGAUGGCUAA